AUGGGCCUGACAGAGUUCUGGCGGAGCUAUAAGGUUCUGAUUGUGAUGGGAACAGGUCUGGGUCUGAUCCACUUGGGCUGGUACCACCUAAAGACAAACCCACUACUGAGGAAAACCAGGACGGAUUAUAAUCCGGAGGAACCGGGGAUCGUCGCCUUCGUUUCAGCGCCAAACGCCACCGCCAAGAGCAAGUAACACCGAGGCUGAGGUGAGACGGAGAGGAGGCGAAACUCCUCCAUGAGGAGAGAGAGAGGGGGAGAGGGAGAGAGAGAGAGAGAGAGAGAGAGAGAGAGAGAGAGAGAGAGAGAGAGAGAGAGAGAGAGAGAGAGAGAGAGAGAGAGAGAGAGAGAGAGAGAGAGAGAGAGAGAGAGAGAGAGAGAGAGAGAGAGAGAGAGAGAGAGAGAGAGAGAGAGAGGGAGAGAGAGAGAGAGAGGGAGAGAGAGAGAGAGAGAGAGAGAGAGAGAGAGAGAGAGAGAGAGAGAGAGAGAGGGAGGGGGAGAGAGGGAGGGAGAGAGAGAGAGAGAGAGGGAGGGAGAGAGAGGGAGAGAGAGAGAGAGAGAGAGAGAGAGAGAGAGAGGAAGAGAGAGAGAGGAAGAGAGAGAGAGAGAGAGAGAGGAAGAGAGAGAGAGAGAGAGGGAGGGAGAGAGAGAGAGAGAGAGAGAGAGAGAGAGAGAGAGAGAGAGAGAGAGAGAGAGAGAGAGAGAGAGAGAGAGAGAGAGAGAGAGAGAGAGAGAGAGAGAGAGAGGGGGAGGGAGAGAGAGAGAGGGAGGGGGAGGGAGAGAGAGAGAGGGAGGGGGAGAGAGAGAGAGAGAGAGAGAGAGAGAGAGAGAGAGAGAGAGAGAGAGAGAGAGAGAGAGAGAGAGAGAGAGAGAGAGAGAGAGAGAGAGAGAGAGAGAGAGAGGGGAGGGGGAGAGAGAGAGAGAGAGAGAGAGAGAGAGAGAGAGAGAGAGAGAGAGAGAGAGAGAGAGAGAGAGAGAGAGAGAGAGAGAGAGAGAGAGAGAGAGAGAGAGAGAGAGAGAGAGAGAGAGAGAGAGAGAGAGAGAGAGAGAGAGAGAGAGAGAGAGAGAGAGAGAGAGAGAGAGAGAGAGAGAGAGGGAGGGAGAGAGAGAGAGAGAGAGAGAGAGAGAGAGAGAGAGAGAGAGAGAGAGAGAGAGAGAGAGAGAGAGAGAGAGAGGGAGAGAGAGAGAGUUUUCCUAAAUUUCACUCAGCAUCACCACAAACAGUUUUUCUCUCUGUCCACUAGAUGGAGCUCAAAGACAGUUUUUUAUACUAGGUCGAAUCUGAACGCUUCAAAUGUUUCUCUAUAAUCUCAUAAUUUGAUCUGAUAAUUUCUCUAUAAUCUCAUAAUCUGAUCAUUUCUCUAUAAUCUCAUAAUCUGAUCAUUUCUCUAUAAUCUCAUAAUCUGAUCAUUUCUCUAUAAUCUCAUAAUCUGAUCAUUUCUCUAUAAUCUCAUAAUCUGAUCAUUUCUCUAUAAUCUCAUGUCUGUUUUUCUGACGCCCUGAAGUUUGUCGGUUUUAUUUCUCCGAUUUUUCUCAUCUCCUCUCUUUCUCAAUCCCGUCUGUUCGUCUGUUCAGGUCUUGGGAUGAAGUCUCAGAGCUGGAUCAGGAGGAACUGGUUGUGGGCGGCGGGCGGAGCUUUCCUCAGCAUCCACGCCGCCACCUGGCUGAUGCAGAGGGCGAUGAGGAGCUCGGUGCGCUCGGAGGCGGCGCUGAGACAGAAAAGUGCCGAGGACAGAGCGGACUGAUGGAGUCUGUCCUGGAUCAGGUUUCCCUGUGA